AUGGAAAACGUGAUAGAAGAUCUUGCGAACAAGAUUUACAUCAACAACAAGUAUGUUGAAGCUAAAGGGCAAGACCGCCUCAAACUCUACAAUCCUGCCACUGGCAAUCUCGUGUCGGAGCAGGUCGCCAUCGCCAGCCAGACUGAUGUCGACUCAGCCGUUCAAGCAGCCGAGGCGGCCAUGUUGCCCGGGAGUCCUUGGAGGACCAUGACCGCCAGCGAUCGAGCAGCGUGCUUUUGGAAAUUGUCCGAGCUCAUUAGCGACCCGGUUCACUCUGAUAUCAUAGGGAAGUUGGACGCGGCCUGUUUCGGACGGCCUCUGAGUCAGUUCGCGGCGAUAGACGCGAAGGUAGCACGCGACGGACUGCGAUACUAUGCCGGAUGGGUGGACAAGUUCCAUGGCGAGUGCCACACUCAAGAAGGAGGAUUCAUCAAAUGCGUCCGCCGAGAACCAAUCGGUGUAUGUGCGGCCAUCAUCGCAUGGAAUGGUCCGUUGCCCAGCAUAUUCAUGAAGGCCGGCCCAGCACUCGCGGCAGGAAACGCACUCAUUCUCAAACCGAGCGAGAAAACACCUCUCGGAGCACUGUACGUGGCAGACCUGUUCAGAGAAGCAGGGUUUCCUCCUGGCGUUUUCCAGGUCGUCACCGGAGCCGGUCAAGUUGGCGCCAUGCUCGCUUCGCAUAUGAGAAUCAGAAAGAUCAGUUUCACGGGCUCGGUGGCAACCGGCAAGAAGAUUCAAGAAGCGGCAGCCAAGUCGAAUCUGAAAAGAGUCACACUCGAGCUGGGCGGGAAAAGCCCAUUGAUUGUUUUCGACGAUGCCAAGUUGGACCUGGCGGCGUUCUGGGGAGCAAACACAAUCGCACUCAACUCAGGACAGUACUGUGUUGCCGCUUCUAGGGUUUACGUCCAGCAAGGCGUCUACGAUGCCUUUCUCGAAAAGUACAAAGGUGCUCUCGAACAAAUUGCUGCGGCAAAAGGAGACCCUUUCGAAAAGGGUACAGUGUAUGGACCGGUGGCUGACAAACUUCAAUUCGACCGUGUCAGCCAUUAUAUUGAAGCGGGGAAGAAAGAAGCGACCUUGUUGACUGGUGGCGAAGUAGACGAUGGCGCCGCGGGACUCUAUAUACCGCCAACGGUAUUCGUCGAUCCGAAACCCGAUGCCAGGAUCUACAAGGAGGAGAUAUUCGGUCCCGUAUCGACGGUGAGGAAGUUCAAGACAGAGGAAGAGGUGGUGGCCAUGGCCAACGACUCCGAGUAUGGCUUGAAUGCGGGUGUCUUUACCCAAGAUUUGGACCGAGCAUGGCGCAUGACUUCUUCACUCGAGUCAGGCACCGUGUGUAUCAAUGCAAUGUCGAUGGUCACGACGCAAACUCCAUUUGGGGGAGUCAAGCAGUCUGGGUACGGAAGCGAGGGUGGGAUGGACAGCCUCCUCGCCUACACGCAGGUGAAAACGGUCAUUAUCAGUGCGACAUGA